CUUGUUAGAUACAUAUAAUCCUUGGAUUGUACUCAAAACCAUUAAUUAUUGCAUUCUUUUUUCUCUUUCUUUUUUAAUGUACACAGAAAAGGACUAGCUCAAUUGUUCUGCAUCACAAGAAUAUUAUUUUAACCCGUCGUCUCCGCACAAUUAAGGCAACCAAAAAAACAAAAUUCCUCAAACACUUGGCUUUUCUUCAACUGUCAUUUUCUCAGUAACCAAACACACAAAAUCUCACUCUUUUUUCCUUUCUAACCCUUUUUCUUUGUUUCAUUUUCAGUUCAUACCCACAUGAAGAAAAGUUAGGUUUAGGUUAAAGAAAACCAAGCUUAAAAAUGUCUGAAAAGCAAUCUUUGAAUCAGAUUCCUGACCUCUCACUUCACAUAAGCCUUCCAAACAGUGCUCCAUCUUCUACAAAUAAUGAAGGUGAUGACGAUUCAACUCGGCGCAAAGAUUUCGAUUAUCAAGAUAGCUUGAAAUCCGAUGACUCAGUAAAAAACUGUGUUAGAGUAGUACCGAACGAAGCUGCAAGAAAUAAUCUUCUUUUACAUGGGAUCUCAGUUGUUGAUGCCAUCAAAGGAAUCCCAGUUUAUAAUUCUUCAGAAAUAAUGGACCCAAGAUUUUGCUUCAAUCAAAUGCCCUAUUAUUCAUCUUCCUCGAUUCCGGGUUUUCGAACCGGAAUGAAUUCGUAUAAUCAGUAUCAACAUCAUCAUGAAUAUGGAAGUGGACUAAUGAGAUCAAGAUUCAUGCCGAAGUUGCAGAGCAAGAGGAACAUGAGAGCGCCGAGAAUGCGGUGGACGAGCUCUCUUCAUGCUCGUUUUGUUCAUUCUGUGGAGCUUCUUGGCGGCCAUGAAAGAGCAACGCCAAAGUCUGUGUUAGAGCUCAUGGAUGUCAAAGAUCUAACGCUUGCACAUGUCAAGAGCCAUUUACAGAUGUACAGAACUGUUAAGAGCACUGACAAACCUGCUGCUUCAUCAGAUGGAUCUGGUGAUGAAGAUUUCUUGUCUGCAACAAAUUCUAACCAUUUACUCAUAAAUUCAGCACAAACUUCAAGUUUGUGUCUUGAAAAUGAUGAUAAUAUCAAUAUCAAUGGCUUCACUUCCUCACCUGUUUGGAGCAAUUCUUCUAGCAGAGGAAGAUGGUUACAUGGUAGUUCAAGGGAUCAUCUGGAUGAGUAUACAUUGCCAAAUCAAACCCUAUCAUCUCAACAAGCAUAUGACAAUCAUUUUGAGGUUGUGCAGGAAAAUAAUUUAGGCCGGUCAAAAAUAUCAAGAGUUUCUAAUACUAUAGAACUCGAGACACCAAGCUUGGAGAUCUCCUUAGGAAGAAGCAAUUGGCCGGGGAAAGAACAUAAUUGAAUAUAAUAUAUCGAAAUACGAGUUCGUAUAGUUCAAAUAUUGUUCGAGUUGUCUUCGGAAUUGUAAGAUUUUGAAUUCGAGUUAGACAAAGCCGAUUACUACAAAAAAAAAAAAGAAAAAAAACAUAUGCCAAAAUAGAGUAGGUAUUAUCGUUGUAUUUUCUUGUUUUUGUCCUUUUUUUUUUCAUGCCAAUACUGGCAACAAGAAAUGCAAAUAUACGAGUGUUUUUAAGUGAAAAAAGUUUUAUUGAGUAA